AUGCCGUCGUAUGGCAGAUGGAGGAAGGUCCAAUACUUGAUGUGGCUGCGUGGCGAGCCGCUAGAUAUGGAAGCAACGAAAGAGGCGUCGUCGAGUGGGGACGUGUUUCCGCAAGCAACAUGUAGCGAUGACCUGCUGAAGGGCGAGGCGCGAGCUGGCUACGGCUGCGGGUGCGACGGCGGGUUCGCGCACGAGAAGGAGGCAGACGAAGAGCUCGGUCCACGAGGCGUUUCCGGAGUAGAGGCUCAAUUGGGGUUUUGUGGCAGCGAUCUGGUGUCACGCAGGGGCCUGGAGGAUCGAAGUGGCCCUGUCUUUCCGUCUGUUGUGUGGAAUGCCACGAUGACGCUCCAUACUGAGAACGGAUACUCAGCCAAAUUGAAGGCUCAACUGGAGCCUUUGAUUGAUGCGCUGCCCAGGUGUUAUUUGACAGCACAGCCAACAGCAACUGAGCCAUUGAUUGGUCCAUGGUGUGAACGGGAUGGCCGCGGAUCUGUCGCAGUCCUAUGUUGA